CUUCUUAGAGUGGGGGACCACGUCUUUGGCCUGUCUCCCCAGUUCUCUCUCAGUAUCUCCUAAAACUGAUGUUUAAAUGGGAACAAACUAGAAUUACAUAGAAACCUAUUUUCCUCUACCUAGCGUGAAUGGGCGGGGCCUCGGGCCGGAAGCGGAAGUGCUGGCCCGUGCUUGCGACUUCCACUCUGGCCAUGGAGGAAUCUCAGUACCGGGAGCCGGUGCUGGACGCCAAGUCGGAGGUCACCGGCCAGCUUGUAGAUUUUCAGUGGAAACUGGGCAUGGCUGUGAGCUCCGACAGCUGCAGAUCUCUCAAGUAUCCGUACGUGGCAGUGAUGCUGAAGGUGGCAGAUCAUUCUGGCCAAGUGAGCAGCAAGUCCAUCGAAAUGACAAUCCCACAGUUUCAGAAUUUCUACAGACAGUUCAAGGAAAUUGCUGCUGUAAUUGAGACUGUGUGAGAACUGAUUCAUGAUUCUAAAGUGAUGGACUCUUCCUUCCAAAAGAGCACUGCAUAUGGACCACAGGAUAUUUAAACAGUGAAAAUUUGGCUUCUCGGGUUGGAGAGAUGGCUUGGAGGUUAAGAGCACUGGCUGCUCUUCCGGAGGUCCAAGGUUCAAUUUAUAGCUCCCAUAUGGACGCUCACACCUGUCUGUAACUCCAGUUCUGGAGGCCCCGACACAUGCAGGCAAAACACCAAUGCAUAUAGAGUAAAAAUAAUUAAGAAAAGAAUUUCGGGCUGGAGAGAUGGCUCAGUGGUUAAGAGCACUGACUGCUCUUCCAGAGGUCCUGAGUUCAAAUCCCAGCAACUACAUGGUGGCUCACAGCCAUCUGUAAUGAGAUCUGAUGCCCUCUUCUGGUGUGUCUGAAGACAGCUACAGUGUACUCAUAUAUAAAUAAAUCUUUUUUUUAAAAAAUGAUUUCACUUCUAAUUUUUAAAAAUAAGUUUUAAAAAAAUCAGAUAAACCCUUAUUUUAGAGCUGACCAAUAUUUAGCCUGGUCAGUGAGCUAAAAGUGAGUAUGUUGACCACUAAUGUGUAUAAAUUAUGUGUUAUAUCUUCAUAAACAGAUGAGUAGGGAUAUUAUUAAGUCAAACACAGUUCUGUGUAUUAGAAAAUUUUCAAAUCUUACUGAUAACAACUAACUAUAAAUAAAAUCUUGUCUAGAAUUUAUAUGAAGUUAAGAAAGUAAUAAUUGAUUAAAACUGCUUUACAAAUUCAGUUUUAUGACA